UUCUACAUCAAGUCCCUUGUUUGAAACAAGUAAUCAGCGCUCUGUUUUGCCCUUUUUCAAGAUGUCGGCGCCCAAUGGUGACACGUUUUCUACUUCUGAUAGAGAAAUGGGCGAAGAGUUAGAUGAAGUUGAGGGGCAAGAAGAAGCCGAGGACAUCGAAGAAGAGGCAGAAAUGGAGAGCGAGUGCGAUGAAGAUGAAAAUGUGGACAAUGAGGAGCAGGCUGCCGUGUAUGUACCGGGGAUCGAUUCUCUGAAGCCGGGAGAAGUCUUAGAAAUGGAAGAGUCUGCAUACAGGCUAUAUCACCAGUGUCAGACCGGAGCGCCAUGUCUAAGCUUUGACAUUAUCCGAGAUAAGCAGGGAGAUAACCGAGAAAACUUUCCUCAGUCUCUGCUGCUGUGUGCCGGAACCCAAGCAGAUACAGCCCAGGGCAACAGAUUACUGGUGAUGCGAAUGCACAACUUGUAUGGCACAAAGGUAACCGAGGAAGAUGAAAGUAGUGACGAUGACGACGACGAUGAUGAUGAAGAGGAAGAGGAGGAUAAAAAACCACAACUUGAGCUAGCCAUGCUUCCACACUAUGGGGGUAUCAACCGUGUCCGGGUCACCCAUGUUAGAAAUGUCCCACUGGCUGCUGUGUGGUCAGAGAAAGGCCAAGUGGAAAUAUUUGAUCUCCGUCCUCAGCUGAAGGCUGUCCAUAAUGCAUCAGCCAUGGCUGAGUUUAUACAAAAGCAGCAGAGUGAGGCAACCCCUCUUUUUAAAUUUGCCGGUCACAUGACUGAAGGCUUUGCUGUUGACUGGUCACAGAAAACUCCUGGACGGCUGGCCACUGGAGACUGCAAAAAGAAUAUCCACAUUUGGGAACCUAAGGAGGGAGGAGUAUGGCAGGUUGACCAGCGACCUUUUCUUGGUCACACCCAUGCAGUUGAGGAUGUUCAGUGGUCACCCACUGAAGCCACAGUUUUCGCCUCCUGCUCAGUUGAUACCACCAUCAGGAUAUGGGAUAUUCGGGCAUCCCCGUCCAAGGCCUGCAUGUUAACUGCAGAUCAGGCACACUCCUCUGAUGUUAAUGUCAUUAGCUGGAACCACAAUGAGCCUUUUCUUGUGUCUGGCGGCGAUGAUGGGUUGUUGAAGAUAUGGGAUCUCAGGCAGUUUAAGACGGGAAAGGCUGUGGCCACAUUUAAGCAGCAUUCUGCCCCUAUCACAUCUGUGGAGUGGCACCCAACAGACAGCAGUGUUUUUGCAGCAGCUGGUUCAGAUGAUAUUAUUAGCCAGUGGGACUUGUCUGUGGAAUCCUGCGACCUUGUGUCCGAUGGCUCUAUCUCCUCUCUGCCUCCACAAGUGCUUUUCCUUCAUCAGGGCCAAACAGAAAUAAAGGAGUUGCACUGGCAUCCCCAAAUUCCUGGGUUGCUUGUUAGUACUGCAUUGUCGGGGUUCAACAUCUUCCGGACUGUCUCUGUCUAACUUGAUUUCUGAAAAGGAACUGACACCCUAUCUGCUGUCUUUGCUCAGUUUUGUGACUACGGAUUAACCAAACAAGAAAAGCAAAAACUGCCAGUGGUAUUUUUUUUUAAUCUUGCAUCUACUGAUAUGUUGUUUUCAUUGCUGAAAGAAUAAUGAAAAUACAAGGCAUAUUUUAAGA